ACGCUAGAGAAACUGGGCGCUAGAGCAGUUUAUAGCUGCUGAAUAUAUCCUGUUGCACAGCCCAGCAGCAGGCAUUUACUAUAGGACACCCCCCCUCCUCCAGCAGCAGCUGCUAUACAGACCCUCCCACUCACACACUGGCAUUAUGGAGUCCCUGGCUGGAUGAGACAAAGCUGUAAUCCAUGAAAGGAAGAGCACCAACUUGGCAAAGCCCUUAUCAUGCCCUUUAUCAAUGAGAGCCAGCUGUCUGUGCGGGAGAUGCGGGAGGAGGAAGCACCUGUGGUACUGGAAAUGCUCAAGGAUGGCUUUAAGGAUACAGAGAACCGUUUAAUCCUCUACAUUCUGACGCGGCCUAUGACUUUACUGCUUAUGGCUAUAGCAAGUAGCGGUCUGCGCUUCUUCCUCAACUCCUUUUGCGUUGCGCUUGUCAUUCCUGUUCUUCUCACGAUUGUGGGCCUGAAGUUAUUGCUGUGGCGCUCUCCCGACCUGAAGCAGAUCUACUCAUAUUACAGCAUUGGCCAACGCAAAAUCUGGGUGGCAGUGUACGACCAAGAUGACAUCUGUGGGUGCGUGGCGCUUGAGCCUACCCAAGAUUCUCAGUCAGUUGAGCUGAAGAGGAUGUCAGUCAGCCGCUGGUACAGACGGUCAGGAGUGGGAACCCAUCUUUUAAAGUUCUUUGAGGGCCAUGCUAAGAAGAAAGGCUUUCAGUGCAUCGUGCUCUACACUUCUGUGGUCGCAAAAGCAGCCACUGGACUCUUUAUGAAGUGCGGAUACAAAGUCACCGACGGCUGGAAUUGGCUUGGCUACACUAUUGUGCAGGAGUUUAGGAAAGACAUUUAGCAGAUUGCAGUAGGACUGUACAAAUGCCUGUAGUGCUUUCUGGUGUGGCCCUGGCAAAUAUUUCCUUUUACAGGGAGUCCUUGAGUUACAUCUGACUUACAUACAACUCAUACUUGCAUACAGAGGCUAUUACAGUAAUGUACUAUGGUUUGCGUGGCCUUUAUUAAACAGUAACCUCAAAAAAUUUAUGUUUUAAAGUAAUAAAAAUAUAAUGUAA